AGCUCGGCUUGGUUUAUUUUACAUACAAAAUAACAGAUAUGGAAGCAUAUCCAAACGCGGCCUCCAUGCUGAGAAGCAGAACCAUAAUACCUCCACCAUUGCUCGCCCUCACUGCAAGGCUUCCGUCACCCUCACCAUUAUUGCCGCCCUCCUUUACCCUCUCCGAACCCACACUAUCGUGUUCUGCAACCCCGAAACCCUCGCUCCGCAGUUUUUCUCUCUUCUCCAAUUCUCACGCUCUUCAAACCAUGACGCUCUCCAAGUGCUUCUCUCACAUUGGGCCCACCGUCCCAAUUCCGGACCCACCCAGAUCAGAACCCGAACCCGAUUCCCCUCUCGUGGUGGUAUCCUUCUACAAAUUCGCGGAUUUUCCUGAUCAUGCUCUCAUGCGAAACCCCUUGAAGCAACUCUGUCAACGCCUGCGUGUUUCAGGUGGAAUUAUUCUUGCGCCUGAAGGGAUCAAUGGCAGCAUCUGUGGGACUCGGGAGUCAGUUGAGGCUGUUCUGGCUUUUGUCGAAGGUGAUGAUCGACUGAAGGGGCUAAGGCGAGUGGAAUCACCUGUUGGUCCUGAGGAGGAGGCCAUCCAUCAUGGUCAUAGUGCUGCUUCUCCGCUUGCUGCUGGGGAAGAUGCACCCUUCCGAUGGGAUCAUGUGAGGGUCAAGUUGAAGAAAGAGAUUGUUACUCUUGGGAUGCCUACUGUGUCACCUAUUGAAAGGGUUGGAAAGUAUGUUGGCCCAGAAGAUUGGAAUGCUUUGAUCAAUGAUCCAGAUACAGUGGUUAUUGAUGUGCGGAAUAACUAUGAAACCAGAAUAGGAAAGUUUAAAGGAGCAGUUGAUCCAUGUACUACAUCAUUUCGUGAAUUCCCGUCUUGGGUAGAAGAGCAUUUCCAGCUUAGCAAAACAGACGAUGGUGAGAAUCCAAAAGUUGAGGCAAACAAUUCAGUCCAAUCUGCUGAUAAAGAAAUGGAGAAUCAAAAACAACAUAUGCCACGCGUUGCAAUGUAUUGCACUGGAGGUAUUCGUUGUGAGAAAGCUACAAGUCUACUUCUCAGCAAAGGUUUCAGAGAGGUUUAUCACCUGGAAGGUGGAAUUCUAAAAUAUCUUGAAGAUGUUCCAGAAACAGAAAGCCUCUGGGAAGGGGAGUGCUUUGUUUUCGACAAACGAGUCUCUGUGGAGCAUGGCUUGGUGCCAGGAAAUUUCAAACUCUGCUAUGGCUGUAAACAGCCUGUGAGUGAUGCUGACAUGGAGGCCCCAGAAUUUGAAUAUGGAGUUUCCUGUCCUCACUGUUUUGCACUGAAAUCUGAUGAAGAGAAGGAGAGAGCUCGAGCUCGACAAAGACAAUUUGAGAGAUGGGGAAUCAUAGGUGGUCCAGACAAGGGUCGCCGCCCAACUACUCAAGAACCGGAAAGUGUUAGCAGGAAUCCAAACCAGCUUUCACGUUCUAUUUAACUACUCAGUCGGACCAGGAAAUAUGAGAUGGCUUCUUUCCCAUCCAUUUUGAACGAUUGUGUCCUACUCUUCUGCCCCUUGAAUUUAUUUGGAGUGCAUGAAACUAUAGAUGUAUCAACUUUUAAAUAUGAUUUCUUUCUAUUUGGUGUCUGUCUUGUCUCUAGAGAAAGGACACCCCUUUUUUGACAUUCAAUGUGUGUGUAUUGUUGUAACACUAUAGCAAGGCUGGAAAAUUUUGUUCUUUACAAUCUUUA